UGGGUCACACUCGCAGUUCGUUGUUUUUCUUACAGAAAAAAACAGUAAAAGAGUGCAGAGAGAAAUAGUGAAAAAAAAAUGGAUUAUUAGUAACAAAUCUGUAAUUGAAUAAUCAGUGAAUUGUGCAUUACCCUGCAGCUAUUUCACAAAAAUUCAAAAUGCGUACACAAAUUAUGUAGCUGCUGUGGCUUUUCCACCAAAUCAAAAGAAAAUCGGUACAAAAGGAAAACAAAAUACACAGCCAAACGCGAAUGUAAAUGUGAAGCACAGGGCAAAUUUCAUUGCAGCCAGCAGCGUCGCAAAGACAACAACCUAGCAGCAGCAGCAGCAGCAGCGGACGGAGAUAAGCAGCAACGCAGCAACGCAGCAGUGGCAGCUGCACGCACUGAUAACAAUUGAUAGUGAUUGCCGAAUACCCGAAUACUGGUUCCGAUUCAAACCGCGUGUCUCCUGCGCAGCGGCAGCGGCCACCUUCUCGCUUAUCAUUGACCGAGCAUGUCGCACGGCAGCGCCGGCGCGCAAACUGUUGGCGGUGGCGUUGGCGGCGGCAGUGUCGGCGGCGGCAGCUUGGGCGGAGCAGCAGCAGCAGCGGCGGCAGCAGCAGCAGCUGGCUCUGAAUAUCGGGAACUGCAUUGGACUGUGUCGAGCGUGAUGGACUCCUCUCGCGUAUCCACCUGCCUAAUAUCGAUGCUGCUGAUUGUUUAUGGCAGCUUUCGCAGUCUCAACAUUGAGCAGGAGGCGCGGGAGCGAGAGCAAAAGAAACGCAAUGAAUCCAUGACGAAUCUGCUAACUGGCGAGCAUGUCGAAAAGGAUCCGACGGAUAAGUUUGCCACGUUGGAUACGAUGCACGCGCUGUGCCUGCCACUGGGUGCUUCCAUAUCGCUGCUCAUCAUGUUCUUCUUUUUCGACUCAAUGCAGCUGCUCUUUGCCGUGUGCACAGCCAUUAUUGCCACUGUGGCGCUGGCAUUUCUGCUCCUGCCCAUGUGCCAGUAUAUAAUACGUCCCUGCACGGAUGGUAAACGCUUCUCCUUUGGCAUCUGUGGACGUUUUACGGCAGCGGAGCUAUUUAGCUUUACACUCUCCGUCUCAAUUGUGUGCGUAUGGGUGCUAACUGGGCACUGGCUGCUUAUGGAUGCCAUGGGCAUGGGUCUGUGUGUCGCCUUUAUUGCGUUCGUGCGUCUGCCCAGCUUGAAGGUGUCGACGCUGCUGUUAACCGGUCUGCUGAUCUAUGACGUUUUUUGGGUAUUCCUUUCGUCGUACAUAUUUAGCACAAAUGUGAUGGUCAAGGUGGCCACACGACCCGCCGAGAAUCCCGUUGGCAUUGUGGCGCGCAAAUUGAAUUUGGGCGGCAUUGUGCGGGACACACCGAAGCUAAAUUUACCGGGCAAACUGGUUUUCCCCAGCAUUCACAACACGGGCCAUUUCUCGAUGCUCGGCCUGGGCGAUGUGGUUAUGCCAGGUCUACUGCUGUGCUUUGUGCUACGUUAUGAUGCCUAUAAAAAGUCACAGGGCUUUACAUCGGACCCAACACUAUCACCGCCAAAGGGUGUUGGCUCCAGGUUGACAUAUUUUCAUUGUUCCUUAUUGGGCUAUUUCCUCGGUCUGCUAACGGCAACGGUCAGUUCGGAGGUCUUUAAGGCCGCACAACCCGCCUUACUCUAUUUGGUGCCGUUCACGUUAUUGCCACUGCUGCUGAUGGCCUAUUUAAAGGGCGAUCUGCGACGCAUGUGGAGCGAACCGUUUAUAGCGCAUCCACCAUCAAAACAAUUGGAAGUCUGAGUGUACUCUAUCUUAAAUCAGAAUUAAUGAAAAACUUAAAAAAAAAAAGAAAAACAACAACAACAACAAAAACGAGAAAAACAAACAGAAAACAGAAUAUGAAUUCUCUCUCGAUAACCUACGUAUUGUUUACUUAUACGUAUCAAGGUUUUUUUUUAAGUUAGGUGAUCCACUUUUUAGUGAAGUAACAGCAAAACCGAAUAAUAAAUGUACGUAGUUUUAGUAUAAGUGGGAAAGUUUUUUUGAAAACCACACACACAAAUGUACAUGUAUGUAUAUGUUAAUGUAAUUUCUUUACGCUUUACGCAACGCAAAGCAAAAAUUAGAUACAGUUUAUGCUGGCCGUAAUAUUCAAUUUGUUGCAUACGAAAGAUUUCAGAAGCGCUUCAAUCUCAAACAGACUCAAGCUGCAUUCUAACUUACAUACUAACCUGCAUAAGCUAUAGUAAGGGUUGAGUAUUAUAGUUGUUUUUUCAUUUAGCUACUACUGUUGAGAUUUAAUUUUCGUUCAUUUAGACUUAAUGCAUUUUCAACAUUUCCAAUUUCCACAUGAUCAACAAGCAUAAAUUCGCAAAAUUUCAAAUUCGAAUCAAUUAUCAAACUGUGUGACAAUUUCUGUAAAUACUUAAUUUUAAUAUCACAAUCACAAAUAAUAGUUAGUAAGUGCGCCGCAUUUUCACAUUUCGAUUUUCUUACAAAAAACACAUUUGCGUCCCCAUUUCCAUUAUCUGCAUUCGAAUUUUUCACACAUACAUACAUAAAUGAUAUUUUGCCAAAAUGCAUGUGUUCGUUUUAAACAAUAAAUAUUAAAUGGAGAAAAACAAAGAAACAAAAUAUAAUGUUGCACUCGCGUGUUUCACAAAUUAA